AGGGAGCCAACAUGAAGGAUAAUGUGGCAUCCACAGUUGUUUUCAUGCUGCUGCUUUUUCUCAACAUCAGACUCCUGAAUGGAGAGUCACCUCCUGGAAAACCUACUAUCUUUAAAUGUCGUUCUCCUGAGAAGGAAACAUUCACCUGCUGGUGGAGUCCUGGGACAGACGGAGGACUGCCUACCAAUUACACACUGACUUACCACAAGGAAGGAGAGACCAUCACCCAUGAAUGUCCAGACUACAAAACCAGUGGCCCCAACUCCUGUUACUUUAGCAAAAAGCACACCUCUAUAUGGACAAUAUACAUCAUGACAGUAAAUGCCACCAACAAGAUGGGAAGCAGUACCUCGGAUCCACGCUAUGUGGAUGUGACUUAUAUAGUUGAACCAGACCCUCCUGAGAACCUGACAUUGGAAGUGAAACAGCCAGAAGACAGAAAACCAUAUCUGUGGAUAAAGUGGUUCCCACCCAGCCUGGUUGACGUAAGAUCUGGUUGGCUCACACUACAGUAUGAAAUUCGAUUAAAACCUGAGAAAGCAGCUGAGUGGGAGACCCAUUUUGCAGGGCAACAGACACAAUUUAAGAUUCUCAGCUUAUAUCCAGGACAGAAAUACCUUGUCCAGGUUCGCUGCAAACCAGAUCAUGGAUUCUGGAGUAAGUGGAGUCAAGAGAGCUCCAUUCAGAUACCCAGUGACUUCACCAUGAAAGACACAACGGUUUGGAUCUUUGUGGCUGUUCUUUCUGCUGUCAUCUGUUUGAUUAUGGUCUGGGCAGUGGCUUUGAAGGGCUAUAGCAUGAUGACCUGCAUCUUUCCACCGGUUCCCGGGCCAAAAAUAAAAGGAUUUGAUACUCAUCUGUUGGAGAAGGGCAAGUCUGAAGAACUCCUGAGUGCCUUGGGAUGCCAAGACUUUCCCCCCACUUCUGACUGUGAGGACUUGCUGGUGGAGUUUUUAGAAGUAGAUGACAGUGAGGACCAGCAGCUAAUGCCAGCACAUUCGAAAGAACACCCAGGUCAAGGUGUGAAGCCCUCACACCUAGAUCCUGACAAUGAUUCUGGCCGGGGAAGCUGUGACAGCCCUUCCCUUUUGUCGGAAAAGUGUGAGGAACCCCGGGCCAACCCCGCAACUUUCCACACUCCUAAGGUCAUUGAGCAGCCUGAGAAUCCCAAAACAAAUAUUCCCUUCACCUGUGACCCCCACAGCAUAAGUAUGGAAGGCAAAAUCCACUACUAUCAUGCUGGUGGAUCCAAAUCUUCAACCUGGCCUUUACCACAGGCUGCCCAGCACAACCCCAAGUCUCCUUACCACAGCAUUGAUGAUAUGUGUAAACUGGCUGUGGACCCUGCAGGUGCACUGGCCAUGUUGUUGGACAAAGCAGGCAAAGAUGCUUUACGAUCCUCUAAAACCAUUGAGACUGGAGGGGAGGAAAAGGAAGACAAGCAGAAGGAGAUGGAAAAGUUCCAUUCCAAGACUGAGCAAGGCACAGCCUGGCUGCUGCCCCAGGAAAAAGCCCACUUUAUCUCUGCUAAACCCCUGGAUUAUGUGGAGAUUCACAAGGUCAACAAAGAUGGAGCUCUGUCAUUGCUGCCAAAACAGAAAGAGAACAGUGACCAGACAGAGAAGCCCGGGGCUCUUGAAACCAGUAAGGAGUAUGCCAAAGUUUCCAGGGUUAUGGAUAACAACAUCCUGGUGUUAGUGCCAGACCCACAUGCUCAAAGCAUGGCUUUGUUUGAAGCAUCGGUCAAGGAAGCUCCGCCAUCAUAUCAGCAGAAUCAAGCUGAGAAAGACCUGGCCUGCUUCACAGCAACACCAAGCAACUGCAGACACCCCCAGGGCGGGCUGGAUUACCUGGAUCCUGCAUGCUUCACGCACUCCUUUCAUUGA